UAUAAAGAGAAACCUAGACGUCGCACGAGUCCAUUUAUUGAACUGCCAGGUGUUCGAUAGUGUGUUUGUUCAUUUCUGUGUUUUAACUCUGUGUGUUUUAAUAUUUGACUGAAUCUCAAGAUAUAAUUUUAAAUCGAUUGGUUAAAAAAAGAUGUCAAUGGAAAUGGAAACAAAAGGAGAAGACGUGGAAACUUUUGCCUUCCAGGCAGAAAUUGCUCAACUUAUGUCACUGAUUAUUAAUACUUUCUAUUCUAAUAAGGAAAUUUUUCUGAGAGAAUUGAUUUCAAAUUCUAGUGAUGCUCUUGAUAAGAUACGUUACGAGUCUUUGACAGACCCAUCUAAGCUUGAUAAUGGCAAAGAAUUAUUUAUAAAAAUUAUUCCAAAUAAGAAUGAUGGUACUUUAACCAUUAUUGAUACUGGUAUUGGUAUGACAAAAGCUGACUUGAUAAAUAAUCUUGGUACAAUUGCCAAGUCUGGCACUAAAGCUUUUAUGGAAGCACUUCAAGCUGGUGCAGACAUAUCCAUGAUUGGGCAGUUUGGUGUAGGCUUUUACUCUGCCUAUUUAAUAGCAGAUAAAGUUACUGUUGUUUCCAAGCACAACGAUGAUGAACAAUAUCUGUGGGCAUCUAGUGCUGGUGGUUCAUUUACUGUUAGACACGAUACUGGAGAACCAUUGGGACGAGGAACAAAGAUUGUUCUACAUGUAAAAGAAGAUCAAACGGAAUACUUAGAAGAGAGUAAAAUUAAGGAAAUUGUAAAAAAACAUUCUCAGUUCAUUGGUUAUCCAAUUAAAUUAGUAGUACAGAAGGAGCGUGAAAAAGAACUGAGCGAGGAUGAAGCUGAAGAAGAAGAAAAAAAGGAAGAAAAUGAUGGAAAACCAAAGGUUGAGGAUGUAGAUGAAACUGAAGAGACAACAGAAGAAGAGAAGAAAAAGAAAAAGAAGACCAUCAAGGAAAAAUAUACAGAAGAUGAAGAACUGAACAAAACAAAACCAAUUUGGACUAGGAAUUCUGAUGAUAUAACACAAGAAGAGUACGGUGAAUUUUACAAAUCAUUGACAAAUGAUUGGGAAGAUCAUUUGGCUGUUAAACACUUUUCUGUAGAAGGUCAAUUAGAAUUUAGAGCAUUACUUUUUGUACCAAGGCGUAUGCCAUUUGACUUAUUUGAAAAUAAGAAGAGAAAAAAUAAUAUUAAACUGUAUGUAAGAAGAGUCUUCAUUAUGGACAACUGUGAACAGUUGAUUCCAGAAUACUUGAAUUUUAUGAAAGGAGUAGUUGAUAGCGAAGAUCUUCCUUUAAACAUCUCUCGCGAGAUGCUUCAACAAAAUAAAAUCUUAAAGGUUAUUCGUAAAAACCUUGUUAAGAAAUGCAUAGAAUUGUUUGAAGAACUCACAGAAGACAAAGAUAAUUAUAAGAAAUUCUAUGAACAAUUUAGCAAAAACAUUAAAUUAGGUAUUCAUGAGGAUAGUUCUAAUCGUGGUAAACUGUCAGAUCUCUUGAGGUAUCACACUUCAUCUUCUGGAGAUGAAGUUUGCUCUCUUAAAGAUUACGUAGGCAGAAUGAAAGAGAAUCAAAAACACAUUUACUUUAUUACUGGAGAGAGUAAAGAACAAGUUGCGAACAGUUCUUUUGUUGAACGUGUCAAAAAACGUGGUUUUGAAGUAGUUUAUAUGACAGAACCAAUUGAUGAAUAUGUAGUACAACAAAUGAAAGAAUUUGAUGGAAAACAGUUGGUAUCCGUAACCAAAGAAGGAUUAGAGCUUCCUGAGGAUGAAGAAGAGAAGAAGAAGAGAGAAGAGGACAAAGCAAAAUAUGAAAACUUAUGUAAAAUAAUGAAAAACAUUCUUGAUAACAAAGUAGAAAAAGUUGUGGUGUCAAACAGACUGGUUGAUUCUCCUUGCUGCAUAGUUACUUCGCAGUAUGGCUGGACUGCCAAUAUGGAGAGGAUUAUGAAAGCUCAAGCUCUUAGGGAUACGUCUACUAUGGGAUACAUGGCAGCAAAGAAACACCUUGAAAUAAAUCCUGAUCAUGCUAUUAUUGAUACUCUUCGUCAAAAAGCAGAAGUUGACAAAAGUGAUAAAGCAGUAAAAGAUUUAGUAAUUCUGUUGUUUGAAACAGCUCUUCUUUCAUCAGGUUUUACAUUGGAUGAACCACAGGUUCAUGCGGCAAGAAUUUAUAGAAUGAUUAAGCUAGGACUUGGUAUUGAUGAAGAAGAAUCUGCACCAGAAGAGCAAACAAUUGAAGAAGUAUCUCCUGUGGAAGGAGAUACAGAAGAUACUUCACGAAUGGAAGAAGUAGAUUAAGAUUAAGAUCUAAAUGUGAUAUCAAUGUGUAAAUGAAAACAUUGUAAUCAUUAAAAGACUGUUGAAAUAGCCACGUUUUAUGUGGUAUUAUCUAAUUCCACUUUUUGUAUCAUACAGUUUUGUAUGAUACAAAAAGAAAUUUUUUGAUGCCAAAUACAUAAAUUACUUAUAAUAAAAUAAAAUUUAUUACGAUAUGUA